AUGACUUACGUGUUUUCCGACAACUAUCCCACGACGAGGGCUCCGCUGCAGUGCGUUGACACAAAGUAUUUCGAUGACGAGAAGUCAAUGCCCAACAACGGGAUACACAAGCUCGAUCACACGCCAGUCUGCCUCUUUGAGGGCAUCGUGUACAAGAUCAAAGUGCCCGAGAAAUCACUGAAUGCGGUUAAUAGUAAUAACAAAGACGAUGUGUCAGCGAAAGAGAAGCAGGGCAUCGGAAAGAAAAUCGUACACAGGAAUUGCCAGACGUGGAUUGUCGAGUCGGCGGACCAGCUGGUUGAGGAACGAAUCUUCAGGACGUUGCUGCGUAUCUGCACGCCAUCAAACACUAACCCUAACUGUUCAUACUAA